CACAAGUUGUUGUUCUAGUGAGUUAAUUACACGAUAGUACCACAAUUGGGGCCGUGGUGACGAACUGGUACCAGUUUUGAAAAUUUUUACGUGUCAGUACCACGUUUGGACCGAACCGUUGCAAAUCGGGCUAAACUUCGUAUUUGUACGUAUUGACGCUGGAACUGACCGCCCGGGCCCGCGCGUCAGAUGCCACGCUGGCGAAUCGGCACUCGCCCGCUCGCUCAAUAGGUGCGGUCCGGCCCGUGCUCCACUCUGUUCCUCGUCGCCGUCUCUGUUCGUCGACGAACCCUAGCUCCCUGCGCGUACGGCGAUGGCGGCGGCGCCCCCGGGCGGUGGUGGCGGCAGCGGCGGUGGCGGCGACGGCGAUGGCGGCGGCGCAAACCUUCCCCUCUUCGGCAUCGGCGCGGCAGGAGGAAUCGAGGGGAGAUCUCCAAUCGAGGGCGGCGAUGGCUACUCGAGCUCUGAGUACUCCAGCGACGACGACGAGUUCAUUGAGCCCGCACUGUCCAUGGAGCAGCGGGUACGGCUGGCAAAGCAAUGGGUGGCGAACCCUAGCAAUAGCCAUGAGCUGACCCACGGGCUCGGCGGCGUCCUUUUAUAUGAAGACAUAUGGAAUGUUAGGAUCCAUUUUGACAAUAAUGAUCUGUUAGAGAGGAAAUUAAGCUCUUCAGAUGUGACAUAUCUAAAUAUGGUUGCAUUGAUGGAAACCCAAGGCUUCGGUAUUGAUGAUUCACUGAUGUUUUACAUGGAGACCCCAGGAGAGCAGGGCUUGGAAUUGGUUGAUAGUAAUGUUAAACUACAGUUGAUCAAGAGGCAGAAUGAGGAGAGUUUGGUGCUUAAUUUGCUAUUUAGGGCUUGUCCACCAGCUGUCAGUGUACCACAGAAGGGUUUUGUACGGAAGCAAAAUUUAGAUAUAACUGAAUAUUCUGAGCCUGUUGUUUUUGAUCUUGCCGAUCCUCCUGUUUAUGCUGUUGAUCAGCAAGGUGUUGCUUAUGAAGGUCAGAGUAGCAGUUAUAUUGCAGCUGUAGGCCCUGCUGUUUUAACACAAGAGAGCAGGAGUGUUCUAAAUCCCAAGUUAAAAGAAGUUGUGGAAGAAGAACAAGUUGGCUAUGAUGGCAGUUAUGCAUGUUCAUCUGAAGGAUCUGAAGGGCAGUAUGAUAGUGACAUGGGGGAUUUAAGGCCUAACUAUAAUGAGGAAAUGCAUGAUGCUGAAGACAUGGAGAUGGAAGAGGAAAAUAGACAGAGAGAGGAAGAAGUACAAGAGCAACAUGAGGAAGAAACAGAGGAUGAAGAAUCAGAAGAAGAAUUAGAGGAUGAAGAACAAGUGCAUUAUGAGGGUGACACAGAGGUAGAGGAAUUAUUUGAGUUGGAGGAUGAUGACCCUAUUGUUCCAGAAGAGGAGGAAAAAAUAUAUGUGCCAGCAAAGAAGAAGCAGAAGUUACAAGUAAGGAGGGGACCAACAACAAGGUCACAUUCCAGUGUUUUAGAAGAAGUGCAACCUGAUUGGAAACCAUCAUCAGAUGAAGAAGAUGAUAGUUUAUUGAAGGACAGUGAAGAUGAUGGGUUUGAGCCACUAGCAUUUGUGCUACCUCAAAAAAGGAAGAGUAGGGCAAAGAAGAGGCCAGCUAGAGUAUGGUACAAUGAGGAUUUGGAACAACCACACCAACAACUAAAACUGCAUAUGUGCUUCAAAGAUCAACAUCAAUUCAGAGAUGCUCUGUUGAGCUUGCACAU